GAAUAAACACAUCCCUGCUGGAGUUUAGAUUUGGGAUAAUAUUGUUAACUCACAGCAGAGUUAAUAAAACCCACAUGAGAGUGAAAAGGGGAGGAGAAUGUAGAGAAAAAACGAGUGGAGGGAGAAGAGACAACAACAACACACAGAGAGAGAGAGAGAGAGAGGGUAGCAGGAACGGGCAGGGGAGAAGACGACUGAGAAACGCCUUCUCUGCUCCUUCCAUUAGGAGGUGUUUUAGUUUCUUUUCGUUGGUCGUUACUUAUAAUUUUCUUGUUUGGACAUCGGCUGACAAAGAGUUUCCCACAGAGAUCCCGGGGAAAAGGCCACGAUAAUAAAAGUUCCCUGUGUCCAGAAACAGCCAUCUUCUCGCCAUGUCUGGUCCUGGUUACCCAAACUCUUAUCCCCACUCGGGAUACCCCAUGAGUCAUCCCAGCGGCCAGUCGGUCUCCCCUUAUCCAGUUGCUCCAGCGGGGUAUGUAGACCCAAGUCAAGCUCCUGCACCAGGCUUCAACAUGAACUACAAUCAAGGCCCAGCUCCAGUCAUGUAUCAGCCAGGACCAGUAUCUCCAGGUCCAGAAUAUGGCGUCGCUCCAGGGGGAAUCUCCGCGGUUGGGGUUCCUGCUGUGGUUCCUGUCGGCGUCCCACCAGGGCUCGAGUACCUCACACAGAUCGACCAGAUCCUGAUUCACCAAAAAGUGGAACUCUUAGAAGCAUUUAUUGGGUUUGAGACCAACAACCAGUAUGAGAUAAAGAACAGCCUGGGCCAAAAGAUCUACAAGGCCAAAGAGAAGAACGACUGCUGCACCAGGAACUGCUGCGGCUCGCUGCGCAGCUUCGACAUGAAGAUCAAGGACAACAUGGACAGAGAGGUCAUCCGCCUCAUUCGGCCUUUCCGCUGCGUCUCGUGCUGGUGUCCCUGCUGCCUGCAAGAGAUGGAGGUCCAGGCGCCUCCAGGCACCACCAUAGGCUUCGUCAAACAGGCCUGGCACCCGUUCCUGCCGCGCUUCACCAUCCAGGGAGCUAAUAAGCAGAACCUGCUGAAACUGGAAGGGCCCUGCUUUGCCUGCAACUGCUGCGGGGAUGUCAACUUUGAGCUGAAGGGGGUGGAUGACGACAAAUCCAUCGGUCGCAUCUCCAAGCAGUGGAGUGGUCUCUUGAAAGAAGUCUUCACCGACACGGACAACUUUGGCAUCCAGUUCCCACUGGACCUGGACGUGAAGCUGAAAGCCGUGCUCAUGGGAGCCUGCUUCCUCAUUGAUUUCAUGUUCUUCGAGAAAGUCGGAGAGGCCAACCAGCGCAGCACUGUGUUCAAUUAAGAAAGGAGGAGAAAAAAAACAACAGGAGGGAAAUCAAAAGCAUGGCAGCAAGGACUUUCUCCAGUUAUGCAUUUUGCUCUUUUCAUUUGCUAUGUUUGCCUAUUUCUUCUUCACGAGAUUACAGCCAACGCGGUGCUAACACUUUUUAUACACAAACACAGACCAAUAUGAGCUAAUGAGCCAUCGAUUCCAGAUGUCAGCAAACUCUCCAAACUCGGUGACACUGGCUGCCAUGUUCUUUACACUCCAUAAAGUUUGUGGGCAUUUUUGAAUUUUUUUUUAAAAUCAAUCUUUGCCAAAGAAAAUCAACCUGACCCUCAAUGUUUAUUUCAGUGCCUACACAAUACAAAACGAGCAGAUUUAGGUAAUGUCCAAAUGUCUAAGAUGCAAUGACUUUAUUUGGUCCGUCUUACACUGGCAUAUACAUUUCAUAUCUAUCCUGUAUGUUAUUCACAACUAUAGCACUUGUGUUUUAGCCAUGCCAGUGGCAGUGUGUUGGUCCACCGCUUUGGUUUAGACUGAACUAUUUGAAUAACUGUCAGGUGGAUUGUCAUUGUCAUUGAGUGUUGUACAUGUCCUCGUGAUCCCUAGAGGAUGAAUCCUUGAUGACUUUUGGCAUCCCAUCCCAGGAGUUGAACUUGUUUUUAUACCUGCAAACUAAUGACAUGCUUACCAUCUACAGUGGUAUCUUAUUAAUAUUGUAAAUGUUGGCGUGUAAACCAUAAAUAUUUUAUCUCCUAAGCAUGUUAGUUUUGUGACUGUGAGCUCAUGUUAAUCUUAAUAUUUCCCUUGAGUACUGUCUCAGUGCCACCAGUCCCUUCAUAGUAACCGCUACAGAUUUUGGAACGUAGACAUGCAGAGAAUGUGAGGACUAACCACAUUAAGCAGGCCGUUGUCGAGGUGAUGGCGGCGGCGUGGGAGAAAUUGGGUGGAUGCUUCAAUAUCUUGUUGUCAUAGUCACGAGUGUAAGCUUCAUUUGCUUGACAGUAUUUACCAAAGUGCUCUCUUUCUACCUCUCCACUGCCUUUCUCUCUCUCACUGUAUCCAAGCCCAGUGUACAUAAUCGAACACAUCUUAGGCACAGACUACAGUGCAAAUGCUCUCAUUCCUUCCUCUUGUGUUAUACUUGUUGCCAUGGCGCGCCCACAGUCCAACCUCGCCCUCUCAAUUUCCCUAGAUACCGCUGCAGAGAGAGUACAAUGAAGUGAUAUGGAAAAAUGGGAAGGAAACGGAAAGAACGAAAAGCAGAAUUUGCGAGUGAGUGAAUCUUUCUGCGUCCUGGGAAAACACCACACAUGAGGCGUCUAAAGAGUCAGUAUGCAGAUUUUUGAGCUGGGAGUGAAACUUGUAACUUCGACAUGUUUGGUGUGUUUUAUAUUGACAGGUUAAUGUUGAUUGUCGUUCUUUAAUUCACCUCUUGUUUUGAGUGGAACAAUCAUUCUCAUGAAUGACUACUGUGCCUCCUGUCGGGUUGUAAAUGCCACUAUUGCUGUCACCCACACUCUUGUUAUCUACAUUGUCAGUCACGACAUGUGUCUAUUUGCCUGUGCAUACUGGGUUGCACUGCCACCAGUCAGGAAAGAUGAUCUAAUUAAAGGAUGGACAUUACAUCAAAUGUGUAGAGGUGCAAUCCAAUGCAAGUUUGUCUUCACUGGGUCAUAUCAAUCUACAGACUGUGCUUUUCUGAAUCAGUUGACUCCGCAUUUGUUUGCGUCUUUCUUGUGUGUCCGUGAAAACUUUAUUGUACCAUUGUUUCAGCAUGUUUGAUAAAAUAAUCCUCUGCAGUUAAAUAAAAAGUAAAAAUAAAAAGUAAAUUGCUAUAAUCACAAAA